CGACCCAACAAUAACACACUCUCCGUUCGUUUCUCUCCGAUCCGACUCAGUUGCUUCUCGUACGCCAUCUCAUCGCAAUCAAACCCUCCGUGCACCGUCGUCCUCCGCCUAUCCUCGUUAGCAAUCACAUACUCUUCCUCUUCUUCUCUACUUCGCAUCUCCCAGUUCUGUUUGCAUCCUGAUGCAGAGUCCUGGGUACGCCAUCCUUCGCAAGUCAUACUAAUCUGUGACGACUGACGACGAUGUUUCGCUACUUGCGUUCUUCCAUUUGCCAUGCUCGUGAAUCUCUUCUUGCUGCAUCGAAAACUACACUUCCAUCUCAUACUACCUUCUUGCACGGAUACGUCAGAAGACUUUCUAGUGCGAGUUGGGGUUUGAGUGGGAGGAAUCAAAAUGAGAAUGUGAAUGCUAAUUCAAAUGCAAGUCUUCGUCCAGAUUUUAUGCGGGAUAUAGAGAAUAUGAACUCCAGAAGUGAGAACAAGGUUGAGACUGAUGGGAAUUUCAGGCGUAUGGACUUUGUGAGAGGAGCUAUAGAAGAAGAUGAAAAGAGUAUUAUGGGGGGUUAUCUAUACAAUCAGUAUCAUUAUGAGCAUGAUGCUGAUUUUGUUCAUAUAAAGAUGCUGCGUAACAAUACCUUUGUUACGGUGACCGAUGCUAAAGGAAAUGUAAAACUUAGCGGCUCUGCUGGUUCCUUGAAAGACAUGAAAUCAGGGCAAAAGCUUUCUAGGUAUGCUGCUGAAGCAACCGCAGAAGUGGUUGGACGAAGAGCUAGAGGUUUGGGGUUAAAAUCUGUUGUCAUGAAAGUGAAUGGAUUUACUCAUUUUCGAAGGAAAAGGCAAGCAAUCUUGAGCUGGAGGGAAGGAUUUACUGAUUCCCGAGGGGAUAAAAAUCCAAUUGUAUACAUUGAAGAUACAACUCGGCGUCCCCAUAAUGGCUGCAGACUCCCAAAGAGCCGUCGUAUCUAGUUAAUUUUUGUUGGGAUGGUUAAAUAAGCUUUAUUUGACUUGGAUGAAGACAUAUUUUAGUGCAGAUUGGGCAGUUGCUGUUUUUCCCCUCUUCUGCUGAGCAUAUUUUUAUUAUGACUUUGUUUUAACACAUGUAUGUUUACGUUUUGUACAUUAAUCGGAGUUUCUGUAGCAGCAUCUCUACUGAAUGGCUAUGUAUUCUGGUUAUCAGAUUGAA